AGAUAUUAAAAUCUUGUAUAGAAAAUCAAUAAUAAUAACACCCACAAGGUCAGCAGAAGCCAUACCCCACAUACAAAAUUCCCAAAAUUAUCUCCCCAGCUUGCUGCAACAAUCCAUCACAUUUCUUGAACAAAACCUGCAGCAAAACCCAUUUCAUCUUCCCAAAAAAAAAAAAAUCUGUCAAGAUUCAGAAAAUGGCAAUCAUUUCAGCUUCUGCUGCUGCUACAACUCUUUCUCUAUCCCUUACAGCAAAACCCAUUUCAUCUUCUUCUUCUUUGUGUGUUUCAACGGCUAAGAUUCCAACUUUAUGUUCCUCUAGGUCACUCUUCUUCAACAGCAACAGGUCACUUUUUGUGGGUCCAGCUAGAAAAGUAAGGAGCAGUGGCAAAAAGGGUCUUUCUUGUAACUGCUUAUUUGGGCUCGGAGUGCCUGAGCUGGCGGUGAUUGCUGGUGUUGCUGCCCUUGUUUUUGGUCCCAAACAGUUGCCUGAAGUUGGCCGCACUAUUGGCAAGACUGUCAAGAGUUUCCAACAGGCGGCAAAAGAAUUUGAAACCGAGUUAAAAAAGGAGCCAGAAGCCUCUGCGGAGCCCCCAAUGGAGAAGUCCAUAGAUGCUAGUCAAGAAGAGAAGCAAGAUGCUACGGUCUCAAGCACGAAGGAGAGGUCAUAAAACCACAAAUGAAGUUUGCCUCCAGCUAUAGUUGCUAGAUUUUUUGUUCCUACAACACGGUCAUUUAUUGUAUUUGACUCAGUAAUGUUUGAGGUGUUGUGUUUGAUUUACAUACCAGGGUUCCCUCAUUGACAGCUUAAGAUUAUAUAACUAGGUAACUUAACCAUGCCUUAGCUCCAGUUCUUCAUCAACAACAGGAACAACUUUUUAAUUUUCUUA